GAUCACGCACAAGGGGCGGGCCACAGGGCAGUUUGAAAGCCACGCGCGCGCCGCAGGAGCGGCGGUUUGGCCUGUCGCUGGGAUGUCGGUGUUGCGGCCGCUGGACAAGCUGCCUGGCCUGAACACGGCCACCAUCUUGCUGGUGGGCACGGACGAUGUUCUUCUGCAGCAGCUGGCCGGUUCGAUGCUCAAGGAGGACUGCGCCUCGGAGCUCAAGGUCCACUUGGCAAAGUCCCUCCCGCUGCCCUCCAAUGUGAACCGGCCCCGAAUUGACUUGAUUGUGUUCGUGGUCAACCUUCACAGCCAACACAGCCUCCGGAACGUAGAGGAGUCCCUGCACCAUGUGGAUGCCAGCUUCUUCCUGGGGAAGGUGAGCUUCCUCGCCACAGGCGCCGGGCAGGAGAGCCACUGCAGCAUUCACCGGAACACCGUCGUGAAGCUGGCCCACACCUACCGCAGCCCCCUGCUCUUCUGUGACCUGGAGGUAGAAGGCUUUCGAACCACCAUGGCGCAGCGCCUGGUCCGCAUGCUGCAGAUCUGCGCGGGCCACGUGCCCGGCGUCUCCGCCCUGAACCUGCUGUCCCUGCUGAGGAGCACUGAGAACCCCUCCCUGGAGGACCUGUGAGGGCCACGAGCCCCCGGGCUGCCUGUCCCCACAGCUUGGUGCCUGACUCAGUAACACUUGCUCGCUGUGGCUGGAGCGCACGCCAGGGCUUGACCGGCAGCUCCCUGGGGACAAAUUCCUCCGCCCGGCCGGAACGCGGAGCGGUGGGGGCCCGGCUGGUGGGACUCCAGCCUCCCUCCCACUCCUUUCCCCACCCCCGCAGAGCCCAGUGUCUCCAUCCAUCUGACAUGUGAAUCUCCUCUUAAGACUGCAUGUGAACAAAGGGUCUGUAGCUAAAAAAAGUGAAAAUCACUG